GUCUUCCGGGCCGCUUCCCGCUCGCGCCGCCGGCUCCAUGGAGAGUGGUACCACCAUGGACUUCCAGGGAACCGCGCUGUCCGCCCCAGCCGGCGGCAGCGAUGAGACCGUGGAGCCGCGGGCCAUGGACACAGAGGAUGGGCCCGACACCCCUGGGCGCUGUGCUGAGGGCGGGCGGCUGGAGGAGCCCUCCCGUACCGCCCCGCAGCCCGGCAAUGGCUCUGGGACGGAGGCGUCGGGGUCCGACGCAGCCCCGGAGCUCGCGGGAGUCGCGGGCGGACGGACCGAGCUGUGCCGGGGCUUGGGAAGAGAGAUGGAAACGGAGGCGAUACCCGAGGUGCCGCAGGGCUCUGCCCGCUGGGAGCCCAGCGCCGGGAGCGCCGCUCGGGGUACGGGGCGCCCCCGGACCCCCAGCAGCGCCGAUCCUGCGGGCAUGGAGCUGGAUGAGACCCCCGAGCCCCGCGCCGGUCCGGGUAUCACCGAGUGGAGCGAGGAUGUGGAGGACGAACCCUCGGAGAUCCAGGGGCUGCUGGCUCAGCUCGAGACCCUCGACCCCAACCUCCGCGACCGCUCAUCUGCCCCAGAGCAGGGCUCGCCAUCCCCCUCGGGCGCUGGUGCCCGGCAGGGCCGCGGGCACUGCCCGGGCAGGUGCCGGCCCUGCCCGCUGCAUGUGGCCACGGGCCGGGGCCUGGCCAUGCGUCCCUGCUGCUCCCAGCACUCUGCCUGCGAGCAGCCCUGCCACGGGCUGCUCUUAGCCGAGGCUGACCGGGAGGAUUUGCUGAGCCUCCUAUGCUACGAGGGGGGGCUGUCCAAGGGUGAUGCCGAGAUCCCCUUGGCCUGCUCUGAUGUCCUGACUGGGACCAGCCUGGAGAUGCUGCAGGUUCAUGAGGAAACAGCCACUGUGGAGAAGUCUGAAGGGCUGGGGAGGCCAGAGAGCUCGAAGGAAGAAUCUUCUGGCAGCUGGUGUUAUGGAGAGGGGCUUCGUGAAGACGAAUCUGCCUGCGAGGGUGCUCAGGAAGGGUCCCCGGGGUUGAUGUGGCCAGCCCUGCCUCCUGCUUUGGCCCCCGGGACAGAGCAACCAUCUCAUGGCACUGUGACCAACAGGGAAUCCCCAUCAUCCUGCCCAGCCUUCAAAGAGGUUCCAGGCCCUUGUGACCCAGAGGACUUGCUGGAUGGUGUGAUUUUUGGGGCCAAGUACCUGGGAUCCACUCAACUGGCCUCAGAAAGGAACCCCCCAACCAGUGUCCGCAUGGCGCAGGCCCAGGAGGCAGUGGACAGGAUCAAGGCACCCGAGGGGGAGUCACAGCCCAUGACAGAAGUGGAUCUGUUUGUCUCCACACAGAGGAUCAAGGUGCUCACUGCUGACACUCAGGAGGCCAUGAUGGAUCACUCCCUCCAGACCAUCUCCUACAUUGCUGACAUCGGCUCCCUCGUGGUGCUCAUGGCACGCCGGAAGCUUCCACGGCGCUCAGAGGUGGCAGAGGAGAAACGACUCUACAAGAUGAUCUGCCACGUCUUCCACUCAGCUGAUGCCCAGGUCAUUGCCCAGGCCAUUGGGCAGGCAUUUGGCGUGGCGUACCAGCGCUUCCUGGAGGCCAACAGCAUUGACCCCAGCGAGCUGAGCCCUUGCCAGUACAGCCGUGCCCUGGAGGACCAGGAGCAGUACAACGCAGAGCUGACUCACUUCUCCCAGCAGGAGAACUGCAAGGAUGUCUGCAUCCGGAAGCAGAAGGGAGAGAUCUUGGGCAUCGCUGUUGUGGAGUCAGGUUGGGGCUCCAUCCUGCCCACUGUGGUCAUCGCCAACCUGAUGCAUGGGGGCCCCGCAGAGCGGUCGGGCGAGCUGAGCAUUGGGGACCGCCUCAUGUCAGUCAAUGGGACCAGCCUGGUUGGGCUGCCCCUGAGCACCUGCCAGAGCAUCAUCCGGGAGCUGAAGCACCAGACUGAGGUGACACUGAACAUUGUACACUGUCCCCCUGUCACCACGGCUGUCAUCCGACGCCCCGACUCCAAGUACCAGCUGGGCUUCUGUGUUGAGAAUGGUGUGAUCUGCAGCCUGAUGCGCGGGGGCAUUGCAGAGCGGGGUGGCGUUCGUGUGGGGCACCGCAUCAUCGAGAUCAAUGGGCAGAGCGUGGUGGCCACGCCCCAUGAGAAGAUCAUCCAGAUCCUCACCGAGGCGGUCAGCGAGGUACACAUUAAGACCAUGCCGGCCUCCACGUACCGUCUGCUGACAGGACAGGAGCAGCCCCUCUUCCUCUGAGCCACCAUGCCUGGGGCAGGCAGGAGCGAGCCCAGGGCUGCAGGGGCAGGACUGGCUUCGCCUUCUGCCCCAGCCCUGCAUUAGAGCCCUCGGCAGGGCUUAAGUCUGCACCUCUUUUGUUUUACUCAGGACACACUGGGACACUGGGGGCCAAUGCCAGCCUGAGCAGCAUCAAGGCCUGCGGUGCCAUGCUUUGGGCACUUCUCCCCCUCCAAUCACCUUUCCCCACCUCACAGUGCCUGAACAGUGCCUGUCCUGCUGCUGCACAGGAUCCCUCGCCUUGGCCUUGUGACAGUGGGAGGAGGGGAGGGCCCUAUCCCCCCAUCCAGUCACUGACUAUUGUACUUUUAUACUCACCAACGGUGCCUUUCCCAAGGUGAGGACGGUGCUGGAAGCACAGCUCAACUCCAGAGCUCAGCCAGCACAGCCCCAGAGCAGCACUGAGCCUGCACACCUGUGUGUGGGUAUGCACUGGCACCCCUGAGGGAUACCCAGCAGCUCCCAGACUCAGCCUUGGAGAAAGAAGCACUCUUAGCACCUGCUCCUGUGGCUUGGCCAGAGGCCUGUUACAGUGCAAACUCACAGUUAGACACACUGCACCAAACUAGGAACCUGCCUCAACUUUUUUUUGGUGCUGCCUUGAAUCUCUUCUGCAUACACAGCCUGGCCCAGAGCCACAGCCCUUGGAGCAGCAGAAGGGAGCAGGGCAUUGCCCAGUCCCAUAUCCUGUGAGCUUGGGGCUGUAAGCCUUUUUGUGAGCAGCACUCUGGGCUCCCAGGGCUUCAGCAGUGCUGACCUAGCUGUACGUUUGUGCUCGGUUGCUCUAAAA